GUUGGCUUUGGCUCCCAGUCCCAGGGUCCCGGGCCGGCGUUUGCUUGCGGAUUCCAUCGUCCGCGCACACCGACGACGUGGAGCAACGGCCAGCGCACGUGAGUGCACGGCCUUCCAGCCCCACGCACGGCUCGCAUCGAUCCAUUCCAUCCCAUCCGCUUCGCCCCUUGUCCCCCCUCAGCUCGCCGCCACGCCUCCGUCCUGUCCCGUGCCUUCUGGCACCACCUACCAUGGCGACGCUCCCGAGCGCCAGCCGGUGGUCGUCGUCCACCGCGUGGCCACGGAGGGCCGCUGGAGCGGCGUCGACGGCGCUGGCCGCCGCCGUCUUCGCGGUCCUGGACGUCGCCGACGCGCUCCUGUGCUUCGUGUACGCCCUCCUGGAUGGCAUCCUCGAGGACAGCCCCGUGCGCUGCUACUGCCACAGGAGCUACGACGACCAAGUGGAUGGCGGCGACCACGAGCACGAGGAGGUCUCCGGUACGCUGUACGCGCGCGGCCGGAGGAGCGCCGUCAGGGACGCGAUCCUGUACCUCCUGCGACACGUCGUCGGGAGGAGGGGACGGGCGCCGCCAGAUGAGACGGUGGCGCCGUGCAAGUGGCGCAGCCCCAGGUGGUCAGACUGCGCGUGCAAGUCGUGCGUCGCAUGGCGGGGCGGCGAAGGCGAAGGCGGCGGCGGCGGCGGCGAAGGCGGCCGGCUUCACGUCGUCGUCAAAGAGCCGCAGCCGUAUCGAAAAGAUGCAGGAAGAAAACAGAGUGAGACGACGACCACUCGUGACCCCGAGAACGCCAUCUUCGUGCACGGCUUCACGUCGUCGUCGUCCUUCUGGGCGGAGACGGUGUUCCGGGAGUCCUCCUCCGUCCUCCACGACUACAGGUUGUUCGCGGUGGAUCUCCUCGGCUUUGGCCGCAGCCCCAAGCCUGCGAAUUGCAAGUACAGAGUGAGAGACCACGUCGAGGCGAUCGAGAGGAGCCUCGGCGAGCCGCCGCAGAGCCUGAUGAGCGGCAGCGGCUCCUUCCACCUGGUCGCGCACUCCAUGGGCUGCAUCAUCGCCCUCGCCUUGGCUGCCAAGCACCCGACCCGAGUCAAAUCCAUCACGCUCGUUGCACCGCCGUACUUCCUGGCGUGCGAGCAGAAGCAGGCGAGCCAGGUGGCGCUCAACAGGCUGGCCGAGAAGAAGCUGUGGCCGCCGCUGCUGUUCGGCUCCGCGGUGAUGUCGUGGUACGAGCACGUCGGCAGGACCGUCUGCUUGGUCGUCUGCAAGAACCACCUGCUCUGGGAGUGGCUCUUCAGCCUCUUCACGGGAAACAACACGGGCGUGGAUUUCAGGGUGAGGGAUCUGACGAAGCACACCCACCACUCGGCGUGGCACACCAUGCACAACGUCAUCUGCGGCGGGGCGGCGCUGCAGGACACGAACCUGGAGGCCGUCGCGGCGGCCGGCAUCCCGGUGCAGGCGGUCCACGGCGCCGACGACCAGGUGGUUCCGGUCGAGUGCAGCCGCCAUCUCAAGGCGAAGCUCCCGCGCGCCAAGCUCCGUGUCAAUGUCAUGGACAGGCGCGACCACGCGACGGUGGUUCUGGGCAGGGAGAGGGACUUCGCCGAGGAGCUCAAGGCGUUCUGGGUCUGGGGGUCAGCAACUCCUUCAACGAAGCGGAGGUUCAGAGGAUGCUGAUUGUUAGCAGGGCCACGGGCCAAGUAGUAGCAGGCCAGAGUGCGUUCUUGGGCCAAGCCCAAAGGCUUCUCCGAUCCUUUUCUUAAAGGGCCUUGUUUACUUCGAAAAGUUUUGUAAAAUAGAAAUAGUAUCGCUUUCGUUUAUAUAUUUGAUAAAUAUUGUCUAAUUAUAGACUAAUUGGACUCAAAAGAUUUAUCUCGUCAAUACCGACUAAACUGUGC